CCGAGAGAAGACCAGAAGCAGUGGGGACUGGACGAGAAGGAAGUCAGGAUUGACGUACGGGAGGAAGAAAAUAAGAGGAUAUAUUGAGGAGAUGGACGAACUAAACCACCAAUGGCGUUCACAUCCGGACCCUGAGGAAGAGUUAGCAUACAUGUACGGGCAGCAAGAGGAGCACGCCGGGAUGCAACAGCAUUUCGCCGAGCGGCUCCCCGAGCAGCAGCAGUACUACACACCGCCGCCACCAAUGGCGGCGCCGCCCAGGCCUAACCCGAUCUGUCCUUCUCAACCGCACCAGGGCUCCAGAUUCCCAGGCUUCGGAGUCCCGGCAUUGCCCAGCCUGCCGUUCGGAGGGUCGGCGGUCAAGAGUGAUCAGCCAGGGCAGCCGUCGUCGUCGUCGAGCAUCUUCUCCUUCGGCGGGCAGCCUCCUAGCACGCUCAACUUCUCCGGAGGAGACUGGCCGGACGGCAUCGGAGCGGCGCAGCAGCAGGUGCCGGAGAGGCGGAGCCGGGCGCACUGGAACACGCAGGAGCACGUCAUCGCCGAGCGCAAGCGGCGCGAGAAGAUGCAGCAGCAGUUCGUGGCGCUGGCCACCAUCGUCCCGGACCUCACCAAGACAGACAAGAUAUCUCUUCUAGGGAGCACCAUCGACUAUGUGAAACAGCUCGAGGAGAAGGUGAAGACUUUGGAGGGACAAAGCGCCAGGAGAACGUCCGAGCCCAUUGUCUUCGAGAGCAAGUGUCGCAUAUCAAAUGAGGACAGUAGUGACGCCUCAGGCUCCAGCGGGAGCGCCUUCGGUGCCGGUGGGUUCAGCCCGACCGUUGAGGCGAGCAUCCAUGGUAACACCAUCUUGCUGAAAAUAUGCUGCAAGGAGGGAAGAGGAGUGCUGGUGAUGAUCAUCUCCGAGCUUGAGAACCAGGGCCUCUCUAUCAUAAACACCAGUGUUCUACCGUUCACAGACUCGUGCCUCAACAUCACCAUCACGGCAAAGAUUGGAGAAGGGUUUUCGACCACAGUUGAGCUCGUAAGGAACCUGACCACGGCUCUCAGAGGCUUCAGUACUUGAGACGGGAAAGACUUCUGUUUGAUUUGGAAGUUAUGGUCUUUUUUCCUUCUUCUUUUCUUUAAGGGGCAGGGGGGAGACUGGAGAGGGAAUACUGAAGCACGUUCGAAAUGAAACUCUUGUGCAAAUCCUCUCUGUAUUUCUUUUUAUGCAUGCCUUGUGUGCAUUAUUUCAUUUGAUUUCCUCCAUUCAUCUUUUUGAAACAUGGAGAACAAGGACGGCCGUCAGAAUUCCAUGAGUUCGAUGUCCAAAAGCAUGGCAUCAUAUCUUACAUGACUGAAA